CCUUUCCCUUGCAAAUUGCAAUAUAAAACACGUGGCGACGAACCGGAUCCUCGCGAAAUGUCGGCUUCGUAUGGAUUUCUGUCGAAUUUCGACCACCUGGCUCAGGACUGGUAUAACUACAAGUGUAGAUUGAACCAGUGGUUUAUCGCAAAUGAUUUGAAUGAAGACAAGGACAAGGGCAAGGUCAAGCGUCGGGCGAUUUUGCUCAGUGCAUUAUCAGAGGAAACAUAUAGGUUAGCUAGCAACUUGGCCCUACCGAGAAAAUUAGAAGAAGUGGAAUUUGACAGUGUUGUAAAACUGUUGGACGAACAUCUCACCCCGAAGAGGUGUGGUUUCGCAGAACGGUUCCAUUUUUACGCAGCGGUACAGCGGCCGGGUGAAAGUCACUCAGCGUGGGCGGCCAGAGUCAAGGGGUUGGCGGCUCACUGCAGCUUCAAAAGUCUCGAGGAGGCCGUGCUGGACAGAUUUGUCAUGGGUAUGGUAGCUGGCCACGAGAAGGACAAGCUGUUUGCGCAAAAUCUGGAGGGAUUAACCUUGAACACGGCGGUUGAGUUGGCGGAGAGUGUGCGGUGCGCGCGCGAGGCCUCGGCGUCGGCGCUCGGCGGUGCGGGGGCGGCGGCCGGCGCGGGACCCGCGCCCGUGUUCAGCGUCUCCGACGGCGAAAAGUGCAGUGUGUGCGGUUAUAGCAACCACAAAAGCGAUAAGUGUCGGUUCAAGGCUUACAAGUGUAAAAAGUGCGGAAAAAAAGGCCAUUUGCGUCGUAUGUGCUCGUCAAAUAAAGUGAAUUACGUUCAGGAGGCUUCUGUGGAUGAAGGAGAUGACGGUGAGUCGGUUCACAAUAUUCGUUGUGCUCAGGGUAAACCUAUGUCAGCGCGCAUUUCCGUGAACGGUCUGUUUUUGGAGUUCGAAAUUGAUAGCGGCUCGGCCGUUAGUGUAAUUUCAAAGAAAAUGUAUGACGCGAAUUUUAGCAAUGUACCAUUGUCAGUAACUAAAAGGCAGUUGCAUGACUACACGGGGGGCAAAAUAAGUUGUCUCGGGAUAGUGCGCAUGCCGGUGGAGUACGAAGGCCGAUCACGCAGCCUGGACGUGUUCGUGGCCGCGGGUGCCGCGCCGCCGUUGCUAGGCCGCGACUUCAUAUGUGCAUUUGACCUUGAGCUAGGGCCCGCUGUUGUAAAUUAUCUUUAUGAAUCAAACGAGAUAUUUGCUCAUCAUUUGGUACAAAAAUUUCCCAAGCUUUUUUCUGAUAAAUUAGGUUGUUUUAAUAAGUACAAAAUAAACUUAAAAUUAAAACCGGAUUCGAAGCCGAUUUAUUUCAAACCCCGCCCGGUCGCUUUCGCAUUAAAAGGUAAAAUUGAUAAGGAAAUUGAUCGUCUGCUUACUUUAGGCGUGCUAAAACCUACCGAACACUCUGAGUUCGCAUCUCCUGUAGUUCCGGUACUCAAAAAGGAUGGCGGAGUGAGACUGUGCGCUGAUUACUCUGUCUCAAUAAAUAAACAGCUGAUUGUUGAGCAAUACCCGUUGCCUACGGUACAUGAGCUGUUCGCCAAACUUCACGGAGGUGAACAAUUUGCUAAGCUCGACCUCUCAAUGGCUUAUAAUCAGCUCGUUUUAUCGGAUGAUGCACAGGACAUAACUUGUAUUAAUACCCACCGCGGAUUAUUUAAAUAUACGCGGUUGGUGUUCGGAUUGGCCAGCGCACCGUCUAUAUUUCAAAAAGCGAUGGAAUGCAUCCUGGCGGGGAUUGAAGGCACUGUCUGUUUUUUGGACGAUAUCUUGGUGAGUGGUAGCCCGUCCCAGCUUAGGUCAAGGUUAAUAGCGGUGCUGGAAAGGUUAGAAGCGGCCGGCCUUACCUUGCAGUUGAAUAAGUGCGAAUUUUUCAAAAAUGAAAUUCAAUAUCUUGGCCACAUAAUAGAUAAGAAUGGUAUAAGGAAGUCACCUGAAAAAAUAAAAGCUAUCGUGGAAGCACCAAAACCAUCUAACGUGUCAGAAUUGCAGUCAUUUUUAGGGCUGGUAAAUUAUUAUCGUAGUUUUGUUCCAGACGCUUCUUCCAUUUUAAGUCCAUUAUAUAACUUGCUUCAUAAAAAAACCGAAUGGGUUUGGUCUGUUGAACACGAUCAGGCUUUUACGAAUAUUAAAAAAAUUCUGACUUCUGAGCAAGUUCUCGCUCAUUUCGACCCCAGGGCAAAGUUAGUGUUAACGGUAGACGCAUCUCCAACGGGUUUGGGUGCCAUUUUGUCACAGUUUUGUCAUGGUAGUGUGGAGAGGCCUAUAGCAUUUGCGUCUCGAACUCUCACUUCAGCUGAAAAGAAAUAUUCUCAAAUACAGAAGGAGGCUACUGCCAUAAUUUUUGGAGUAAGACGGUUUCACCAAUAUUUGUAUGGCAGAGCUGAACCUUUUAUUUUGAGAACCGAUCAUAAACCACUGCUGUCAAUUUUUAGCCCAAGUCGUGGUAUCCCAGAAGUGACCGCAAACCGUUUGCAGCGCUAUGCCAUGUUUUUAGCGGCGUAUAAUUACGUUAUUGAGUACGUGCGCAGCGCUGAUAACAACGCCGACUAUUUUUCGCGUGCGCCGGUGGGGGCGACGCCGCCCGGCGCGACACGCGACGCAGAGGGGUCGGAGCCGAGCGACUACGAAGAGCGAGCAGCGUAUGUCAACUUCGUAGUGGAAGGCAGCUUGCCCGUCACAUUGCAGCGUCUGCGUGAGGAAACGGUUAAGGACCCGAUAUUAAGUAAAGUCACACAUUUUUUAAUGACCGCCUGGCCACGAAAGGUUUCGGAUGCUACGUUAAAACCGUAUUUUCAAUGCCGUUUGGAUUUAUCCGUCGAAAAUGGUUGCCUAAUGCGCGGACAUAAGGUUGUAAUUCCGUCAGUCUUACAAGAUCAAGUAUGUAAUGAUCUUCAUAGCUCCCAUUUCGGAAUAGUAAAAAUGAAAGCUGAAGCGCGUCAGCGGCUGUGGUUCCCAGGCAUUGAUAAGCGGCUGGAGCAGCUGGCCGCCGAGUGCGCAGUAUGCGCGCGGCUGCGGCCCUCUCCGCCGCGCGCGCCGCUUUCACCGUGGCCUUACCCGCCGCGCCCGUUUCAUAGGAUACAUUUAGACUUUCUGGGGCCAUUCGGUAAUCAGAUGUAUUUAAUUAUUGUCGAUGCUUAUUCUAAAUGGGUCGAAUGUUACAAUGUGAGUUCUUCUUAUGGUUCCAGGACCGUUAUCGAGAAACUCACAGAUGUGAUAUCUAGAUUUGGAAUUCCCCAUACCUUGGUCUCUGAUAAUGGUACAUCGUUUACGUCAUUAGAAUUCGCGAAUUUUUGUAAAUUGAAUGGUAUUACUCACAUUUUUUCACCCGUUUAUCAUCCUUCUAGUAACGGCCAAGCCGAGGGAUUUGUUAAAAUUAUUAAAAAAGGAUUAAAAAGUAUUAUUCUUAGCAGUUCAGUUAGUAAAGUUUCCCAGGAAAAAAUCGCUAAAUUUUUAUUUGAUUAUCGAAACUCCAAAAACAGCACAACCGGAAAAUCACCAUCUGAGUUGUUAUUCGGUCGUUCCUUGCGGUCUAGAUUAGAUUUGUUGAACCCGUCUGAAGUCAUUCCGUCAUCCACGAGCCUCACUGAUGUUGUGGAGCGUAAUCAGUUUUCACAGGUUAAAAAUUAUAAAGGGAAGUCUAGACCAAAUUUUGAGGUAAAUGAUCGAGUGUGGAUUAAAAAGUACCAGAUUAAUCACAAGUUUGAUUGGAUUGAGGGCGUUAUAACCGGCAAGCGGGGGAGAGUUAUGUACUCAGUAUACCUACCAAAACUUAAUUUAGAAGUUAAAAGACAUGUCGAUCAGAUAAGACGUCUUGAUAGUGACUCAGGAAUUUCUGCGUCUACUGGAAAUGCAGACCGGCAACCUGACAACGUUCCUGAUACUUUCAGCUCAUCAUCCUUAGUUCAUUCACCACCAUUAUCUAACGACAGUACGUCCAACUCAAGUUCUUUGUUAGCUGCAGUAGAGGAUCCGUCUCCUGACAUCGGAGACGUCGGAGAGAGAGAGAAUGAGAUAGAGACUGAAGUCAGUCCUUCUUCAGGGCCGGCUGUACUUGAACAUUCACUACCAGCAACAGUAAAUAAUGACACCCCGUCCGUCUCAAGUGGAGAGGAGCAAGGACGAAGCGUUCACGCCCCAAUGAGUUCAAACACUAGGUCUAGACGCCAACGAAAACCAGUUAAUUUUUAUAAGCCAUAAUAUAUAUAUUUUUUUGUUAUUCAUUAAUUUAGUUCUUAAGUAUUCGGGGAGGGAUGUUAUGUAUGUAUAGUUGCAUAGGAUAGGAGGCGCACCUGCGAGCGCGCCCUGUCGGCCAUUUAAUAAAGCAGUGUGAAACUA